AUGAUGGCGUCCGGUAGUCGAUCCAUGGGUACCGUGCCGGUACGGUACCAGUACCGUACUGCCCUUCAGUUCUACCGUACCGGUACCGGUACGGUAGCUCUGGAGGCACGCACCGACGUUCUUUCCUUGUCUUUCACAGGCAGGAGCAAAGUAAUCUGCAUAGCACGAUGCGGCAUUUACCAAUACCGGUACAAAGCCAGUGCGUUCUUCAUGCACCAAAUUCAGUCACUUUUUUGCUACAAAAAUCGUUGUCCGGUACCAGUACGCAGCAUAACAACCAUCUCACAUGAUUUGAUGCACUGUCUUCUGUAUGAGCAGGCAGACCAGGUGCCACUGUCUCUUGUCAACUCCAUUUUCAAAAGGCCACUAGAGGACCAAAUGGAAAUGGCACCGUCCGAUAUCAAAGCCUGGCUUUCAAAUUGGAUGCCAGUGGUGGCCAAAGCAAGCAGAGAGCAGCAACAACUGGGCGCAGCCUUCCAUGAGGCAGCAGCAACUUUGGAUCAGGCUUUUGGGUCUGAUCUCGAUUUAGAUGACAGCAGUGUUGACACUAUCAGCAAUAGUGCAGCUAGUAGCAGUGCUGAUGACAGAAGCAGCACGGGCAGGUCCGGUUGGUGA